UCCAUGUGCCGCGUAUCGAGGAAGGAGGAGUCUGAGCAGCUGAUCUUUACAGGUCAAAGUGGAGUUCUCCGAACUCCUCUGUACCUCGAUGACUGCCAUGGGCUUUUCCGGCGCCAUCUCCUACCGUGCCACCGCGUUCAUCGUCGCCCCUCUUCUCGUUUUGGUCGUCAUCUAUGGCUGCUUGUGGCCGCCGGGAGUACCCACAGCUUUCUUCCGCUUGCAAAAUGGUGCAAAUACUAUGGAGAUUACCCCAAAAGAUGAACUGGAAACAGCACUAGAGGGGGUCGCCAUGGAGAACAGGACUUUGAUCAUCGCGAUACUGAACAAGGCGUACGUGGAGCAGAACGCGAUGCUGGAUCUGUUCUUGCAAAGUCUUGGAGAAGGGGAGGACACCGAAUUCUUGAUCGACCACCUUCUCUUCGUCGCCGUCGACCAGAGGGCCUUCAACAGAUGCCGCACCCUGGAGCUUCACUGCUACAAGCUCGUAACCGAGGGCGUCGACUUCUCCAAGGAGGUCUUCUACAUGUCUGAUGCAUUCAACAACAUGAUGUGGAGAAGAACUCUCUUCCUCAGAGAUGUCCUCCGGCGCGGAUACAGCUUCAUCUUCACCGAUAUGGAUGUCAUGUGGCUACGGAAUCCGUUCUCACUGUUGGAUCGUGAUGGAGAGGACCUUCAGAUGAGCAGUGAUUUCUACUACGGCAACCCAUUCGAUAACUUCAACUUCAACACCGGCUUCUAUUUCGUGACAGCAAACAACAAGACCGUAGCACUGUUCGACGAGUGGUAUGGGUGGAGGAACAACUCGAAAGGCAUGAAAGAUCAAGAUGUGCUGCAGAAGAUGAAGAAGGAGGGAGCGUUCACGCGGCUGGGGCUGAAAGUGAGGUACCUGGAGACUACCUAUUUUAGUGGGUUCUGUCAAAUGAGUCAGGACUUGAGGAAAGUGAUUACGGUUCAUGCGAACUGUUGUGUCAGCAUGAAAGUUAAGCUCAUAGACCUGAGAUGUGUGCUUGAAGCUUGGAAGGUUAGCAACACGAAUGGCACAUCAAAUGCUACUACGACUGCAUGGCCUCCGCAUUCCUUGUAUUUUGCGUGUGGUCAGACGGAGAUUACCCCAAAAGAUGAACUGGAAGCAGCACUAGAGGGGGUCGCCAUGGAGAACAGGACUUUGAUCAUCGCGAUACUGAACAAGGCGUACGUGGAGCAGAACGCGAUGCUGGAUCUGUUCUUGCAAAGUCUUGGAGAAGGGGAGGACACAGAAUCCUUGAUCGACCACCUUCUUUUCGUCACCGUCGACCAGAGGGCCUUCAACAGAUGCCGCACCCUGGAGCUUCACUGUUACAAUCUCGUAACCGAGGGCGUCGACUUCUCCAAGGAGGUCUUCUACAUGUCUGAUGCAUUCAACAACAUGAUGUGGCGAAGAACUCUCUUCCUAGGAGAUGUCCUCCGGCGCGGAUACAACUUCAUCUUCACCGAUAUGGAUGUCAUGUGGCUACGGAAUCCGUUCUCACAGUUGUCUCGUGAUGGAGAGGACCUUCAGAUGAGCAGUGACUUCUACUACGGCAAACCAUUCAAUAACUCCAACUUCAACACCGGUUUCUAUUUCGUGACAGCAAACAAGAAGACCGUAGCACUGUUCGACGAGUGGUAUGCGUGGAGGAACAACUCGAAAGGCAUGAAAGAACAAGAUGUGCUGCAGAAGAUGAAGAAGGAGGGAGCGUUCACGCGGCUGGGGCUGAAAGUGAGGUACCUGGAGACUACCUAUUUUAGUGGGUUCUGUCAAAUGAGUCGGGACUUGAGGAAAGUGAUUACGGUUCAUGCGAACUGUUGUGUCAGCAUGAAAGUUAAGCUCAUAGACCUGAGAUCUGUGCUUGAAGCUUGGAAGGUUAGCAACUCGAAUGGCACAUCAAAUGCUACUACGACUGCAUGGCCUCCGGUCAAGGGAAUCUGCUUGCACGACACUGCCACCAAGCAGCACACUGCCACAAAGCACUGAAGUGAACAAGGUAAGAUGACCAAGGUUUCUGUCAAUUCAUAACUCGAGAGA